CUCUGUGUCAACUGUGGAAAGGGCGGCUAGAGAACUUACAGGGACACAUUCGGCUCCGUGAGUUUUUAACCCUUGGGUCUUCAUUUCCUUCCACUCUCCAGCCAAGAUGAGUGACAGUACUUCCCUGAAUCCUCCAGCACCAGGCCAAGGUCCUACUACCCCACGCAAAGGGCCCCCCAAGUUCAAGCAGAGGCAGACUCGUCAGUUCAAGAGCAAGCCUCCCAAGAAAGGGGUGAAAGGGUUUGGAGAUGACAUCCCAGGCAUGGAGGGGCUGGGAACAGAUAUUACGGUGAUCUGUCCCUGGGAAGCAUUCAGCCACCUGGAACUGCACGAGCUUGCUCAGUUCGGGAUUAUAUAAAGAGUCCAGGGGCUUGGCGGCUCUCAAGAGCAACUGCUGCUCGAGAGUGUCAUUGUUUUUACCUAACUGGUCUUUCUGAGUUGUGAAAUCCAGUAUUUGGAAGAAAUUUCAUUGACAUAUAUGGUCCUGACCCAUGAGUUACUAUGUUCUUUCCUGCAUGCUAGCUCAGCUUCAAUGGUGAAUAAAAAGUCACUUUUGUCGGGGUUCUCUCAACUUUACACCUUUUUCUAUCUGCUCUUUUGAAGUCAUCCACAUUUCUCCACAUUCUGUUUAAAUGUAGGCUGGGUACUCAUUAUGUUAGUAGCAGAAUUAUAAGAUAGCAUUGAUAUAUUUGAAAGACUCUGGUAAGAGGAUUGUUAUAAUUCAGCUUGGUCCUACCCAGAGAGAGUUUCAGGCUAGCUAGAUGUGAGACCAUCCCUUAACAAAGAACAAAUCAAAAUUACAACGUAAUCCACCCGGAGCAAUCUGAACAAACACCUCUGAAUCAACUAGGACACUUGUGACACACAGGAAACAAUUCCACUCAAGUUGAAUUCACUUAAUUGGAGACUUUAACUGUGAUUACUUCUAGGUCUCUGAGUAAGGGGGUACUCCCAGGGGCAGGGGCAACUAACAGGCAGUUAUACCACUGAAGUGGGUGCCACCUUCUCCCCUUGAGAUUGCUAACUGCUUGAGAUGUUGGGGAAGCAUGAGGCCUCACGUGCCUCUUUCUGAUUCCUCCCACAUCUCCAUGAAGGGGUGUUUUACGGUCCAGUCUUUUAAUGACAGCUGACAUCAUAGCCGUUCUGAUUUUAAGACGGUGACAGUCUCGUCAUUCUUGGAGAACAUUAUUCUGUAAUGGCUUGCACCACAGUCCUCCCUUCUUAUCUAUAAAGGAGUCUCAACUUUUUUUUUUACUAGAGUUGUAUUAAGCAUCGUAUGCAAAUGUCUAAUGGAGCCAUGGCCUCACAGGAAGUAGAUGGCAGGGCUUACAAAAGAGUGUUAGGAGUCAAGCAAUAAUUCUGCUUUACAAAUGGGAAAAUCCUUUACUUGGACCAGGUUACCUCAAAAGUUGCCUGUUGCUCUAACUCAGUCUGAAAGAAUUAAAUGCAGAACCCUGAGAACGUGAGCUUCCUUUCUAGAGCUCUGGCUCCAGAAAUUCCCCUUUCAUUCAUUCAUUAAAAUUAUUCUGCAUAAUGACUCAAGCUGAGACUCACAGCUAUUAGACUAUCCACUGACCUGCUUUCUGUAACAAACUACUUUUAAACCAUCAAUGAAAAAACCCCCUAGGCUACGAAGUUUAGACUCGGACACAAAAGAUAGUUGCGCCCUCUAAAUAAAGUGCAGGUUUGCUUCACCCCAGAAGUUGUGUCAAAAGCCAUGUGCACAUAGCUGUCUUUCCUCAAUGGUUUUAAGGCAGUUGUGCAAUGUGAGCGAGCGCCGCCUCUGGCUUUAGGCUUUGCUGCUGAGAAGGUGAAUUUCUUCAUUUCAGUUUUGUAAUCUGUGGUGAAAGAAUAGAGUAAAUUAACUGAAGAGAGAAGGAAGAGAGGAGGAUGGGUAGGGAAGACUCAGAUCUCCGUCCUGAGGCCACCGGUCAAUUGCUUUACACUUACAGGCAUGAACUCACCCCCCAGACCCUCCACUUUGCCUGAAUUCCAUAAUUUGAGGUUCACAGUGGCGGUAAAACAAAUGGCUUUGUGGCUCUCAGCACGUAAGGGUGAAAAGGGGAGACUCAGGAGAGGGACUCCGCUCUCAUGAGCCUGUCCUCUGCCACAGGUUCUGUGACUAUUAGUUUGUAAUGGCUGGAUUGUCUUCUAGCCCUAAAGCUGGAAAUAGAAGAGGAAAAGCAAAAUAAAAACUGGAAAGAGGAAGCAUUUAAUGAAGGAGACAGUAGGGGAGUGUGAGCUUGCACUGCAGCAGGAAACUCCCCCACCCCUCCCUGUCUUCCCUUCAGACACCUUGAGUUAGUUGUGGCACCUGACAGUGGUUGGUCUUAGGAACAGGAGGUCUAGUUCUCCAGCUGGUCAAGGCCCUGGUUCACACUUUGUUCAUAGAUAAGAUUUUUCCCCUUAAAGAUGAAAUAAUGUCAAUAAAACUGAAGCAAAGGUCCUGUAUUUACUACUUUUCUUAUAGCCAGGACAAAAUACCUGGGAAGCAAUUUGGAGGGACUAUGUAUCUUGGCCAACAUUUUUAGAGGAUUCAGUUCUCUAAAGACAGCUCACAUCAUCCUGGCAGCUGGCAAGCAGGGGGAGAGGUGGGAUACAGGGAUAUACAGACCCCAGGGACACCCCCAAGGGAUUUAGUUCCUCCAACUAGAUACCACCCCCACUUUCACCACCGCUCAAUAAACUCUCUGAUUAUAA